UGGACCGGACCGUUUCACUGACUCAAGUCAAAAAACCAGUUUAUUUACCGACUAUAUCCGUGGAGUGUCGCUUUGCAAACAUACACAAUACGCAGAGCUUUUUCGAAACAAUUUAUUUAUUGCCGUCCGUGUUCUUAUCAGAAAUUAGUUUUUAAGCGUUUAUAUUUAAAGUUAAAACAAAAGUAUUGUAACUUUAAUUCAAACUAGUGUCUUUCAUACAUUUUUAAAUAGUGAUAGGUGUGUCGCAGCGUGAAUUUUGAAUCGUGAGUUAAUUUGUGUGCACUCACGUGAAAAUACAGGUGUCCAGUUGCAUGUGUAGUUCAAACGUGUAAAAAAGAGAUGUUGAUAGAUUGCGGAAUACAUCUUCAAUUCGAUUGCAUACAUCAGUGAACUUCGUGUGACGAAUUCUUUGCGGACUUUAUUGAAAACAUGUCCGUAAGCCCUAAUCUGCACCAGUCAUCCUGCCACCAUUCCUGAUGUUCUGGUGUGAGAUUGGCUGAGAUGCAGCCAUGGCGAGCGGCAAGGCUAUGUAUUCAAUAGCCGUUGUUGUGUUCGGCUUCAUAUGUUUCGUUGUUGGUGCCAUAGCGGUGGGGCUGCCGACAUGGGGCUAUUAUUACAGUUAUGAUUCUGGCAUAGAUAUCACAUUGCAGUGGCCCUCUUUCGAGAACCCGAACUACGACAAAGGCUACUUCGGGCCAUGGCGCAUGUGCAAGAGUCUUCUCUACAACAGGGAGAAAUGUGGCGACGAUGUCUCCAAAUUCCGGCCAUCGACUGCGGUCCACAUAGCGGGCGUAGUCGGGGCGAUCGGUACUUCUGUGCUCGGCGUCUUCUGCGUGCUGUCGGUUCUGCAGCUCGCCAUGAUCUCGUCCAAGGAACGUGUCGGGCUCAAGUACUCCACCCUCGUGAUGCUGAAGCUAGCGCUGGCGCUAUUAGCAGCGUUGCUGUCCAUAGCCGCGGCAGGUCUGUUCGCCGUGCAGGGCGAUGACAGAGGGUUCAGGGUGACGAGAGGAGAGGCGUUCUAUGUUCAGAUCGUCUGCAUAGUGAUAAACUCCCUACUGUUCAUAAUGUCGGUGUACGACGCGCUGUUCACCCGACGUAGCGGCGGCGACCCCACGCACGAAACAGAUUCCACUACCAUUAACAACCCCGGCUUCAAGGAGGGCCGAGGCAUCUCAAUGACGGACGCGUCCGGCAAGCCGUACAGCAGCAACGGGCACGGUUCAGUCGCGUCCAUGAACACGACCGCCACCACGCUCACCGGCGCCUCUGAAGCCUCCACCAUCACGCGCUCGCCUCUGCGCUCCUCGCUGAAGAAACCUAGCACACUGAACCUGGUCUUGGGAUACCUAACCCUGGCUAUUCUGGACAUUCGCCGCCUCUGAAUAGGAAUGGGAGUCAGAAGAAGGUGCGUAUACAAACGCAUAGUACGGAGGUUUAGACAUACAAGGAUUUGACCAUAUUGUAUGCAAUGUGAGCAUUGAAUAAACACUUAAAAAAUGUUGCACCAAGUUCGAACUUCUAAGGGAGGCAUCGUGAGGAUUAUAUGGUAGUUGCAUUAAGGAUUUGGAUCGCAUAUACAGAAGCAAAGUACUGAGGUUUAAGAGACGCGAGAAUUUGACUGUAUGGAAUAUGUGAAAUGCCUAAAGCCUCGGAUGAUUUUAGGUAUCUACAUAAUAUAUUAUAAUGUUUAACCCUUAAAUGCAUAGUGAUGUACAUAUGCAUCAUGCAUUUUUGACUCUAUUGACAGCUUGUCAAAGUUUAAAUUUGAAUAAAUUUUUGUCAAGGUCAUGCAUUUAAGGGUUAAACUAGCUCUGCAUUUGCACCGACUUGAGGCGACAAAUAAGAUCAAAUGUUAAUAAAAUAAAGGUGGAGUUCGGAUUUAAACUGCUUCGUUGUUAAAUCAUGGCUGUUGCAUUUUUCGUCAUAAUCGCGGCAGUAAUGCAACAGCGAGGAAUUAUUUUAUCGAAGACAUUGAUAAAAACAGCAACUGUUUACAGUCUGUAGUCAUCCAAACGUCACCUUAACGAAAUUAUGCGUAUGUGUGGCGCAAAAAUAUACAAUUCGACUUGAAAAAAAAAAGUGGCAAGCGGAGUUCUGUCCCUUACGGACAACAUUACUGUGUUGCCACCUUUUUCUUUCUACUAUUUCUUGUCUGACUGUUAAAGGACUAAGAAAAACUACAAGGACAUUGAAUUGUUUAGACAUAUAUUUAGACCAAUUUUUACGCUAAUCAAUAAUCAUAAAUUUUAACAUCAAAUAUUAUUUAUUUCAUGACUUUGAUAUAAAUCCACACUCACAGAAAAAAUACAACAACAAUCAUACUAAAACCUGAAAAAAUAAAAAAAUGUAUAAAUGGAUAAAAUUCAAACCUUAGUUCUAAGGCAAAUGAAACUUGUAAAUGUCACUGGUCUUACCUGACUUAAGUAAUUUAGAAUAUUAGCUUGUAAAAUAUGCAAAACAAGAUAUUUACUUAUAUUUCUAUAAUGCACGCAAAAUAUAGGAGUGUUUUUGGACAACAAAGCCAUAUUAUGCGAAGUGUGUUAUACUGAACAACUUUUACUAUGAGAUCAACGUCGGUAGAACAAUGUUCCAUAGCAAAACUUGUUCAGGCCACGUAGACAAGAUGUCAAUCGUUGACGCUCAGUGACGUAUGUUAAUUGUCUCUCUCUUCCGUAUUAGUGCGACAAAGAGAGAUAACUACAAUACGCUACUUGUAUAAGCAGCAUGUAUUGCCUAGCUUGUACAGUCACCGGCAGAAACAUCGUACAAAAAGAAAGCUACAUAAAUAUGUGAUAAGCUCUUAUGGUUCUAGAAAUAUGAUUGUAUCAGAGAUCUAAGCGAUCUUCUUUUUGUGCGAAGUUAUUGCCGGUGACUAUACCAUACGGCUAAGGUAUGAAUACCUUUAUACAAAUAUUUAAGGAUGUCUCACACUAGAACCACACCUCGGACACUGGCGAUCAAAUACAUGAAACAGGCGCGUUCCUAGCACACAGUCUAAGCUCGUGUAGGUGAACGGUUACUAUGCUUG